AGUAGAAGGGCGGGUACUGGGGGCGGGCCCAGAGCUGCUCCUCCACUCACGGGGUAUGGCUGUCUUGAAGACCUGCAGGGCCGCUCCUCCUCCACUCACGUGAGACGGAGCCUCGGCGGAAGGGGCGGGGUCUAGGGGCGGGGGCAGGGCCGCUCUUCCCUUUGGUCAUAGAGAUGAGAGGGAGGAGCGGUUCGGGGCAUCUUUCCUCCGGCCCGCAGGGGUCGCUCUAGGAGGCGCAGCAGAGGCCCUGGUUGGGUGAUGGCGGCUCCACCGGUCCCCGGCUCGGGGCCGCGGUUGGCGCGGACCAUGCUGGGGCAGGUGGUACUGCCUGGGGAGGAACUGCUGCUGCCCGAGUCGGCGGGGCCGGGCUCCGAGGGCUCCGCGGAGCAGACGCUGCGCCUGGGGUCAGUAGUGAGGCCCCGCGCCCGCGUGGUGUGCGGCCCGGGCCUGCGGCGCUGCGGAGACCGCUUGCUGGUCACUAAGUGCGGACGGCUGCGCCACAAGGAGCCCGGCGGGGGCGGAGGCGGCGUGUAUUGGGUAGACUCCCAGCAGAAACGAUAUGUCCCUGUUAAAGGAGACCAUGUGAUAGGUAUUGUGACUGCUAAAUCUGGUGACUUGUUCAAGGUUGAUGUUGGAGGAAGUGAACCAGCUUCUCUGUCUUAUUUGGCAUUUGAAGGAGCAACCAAAAGAAACAGACCAAAUGUGCAGGUGGGAGAUCUCAUUUAUGGCCAAUUUGUUGUUGCCAAUAAAGACAUGGAACCAGAGAUGGUCUGUAUUGAUAGCAGUGGAAGAGCAAAUGGAAUGGGUGUAAUUGGACAGGAUGGCCUAUUGUUUAAGGUGACACUGGGUUUAAUCAGAAAGCUUUUAGCUCCUGAAUGUGAAAUUAUCCAGGAGAUAGGAAAACUCUACCCACUGGAAAUCGUGUUUGGAAUGAAUGGAAGAAUAUGGGUAAAAGCAAGAACCAUUCAACAGACUUUAAUUCUUGCAAAUGUUUUGGAAGCCUGUGAACACAUGACAACAGAACAGAGAAAGCAGAUAUUUUCCAGGUUGUCAGAAAGUUGAUGCUGCUUCUCUGCUUCAUUCUUUUAUGUGGAAUAUGAUAUGAACUAGUGGCAAUACUGACAGUUUUAUAAGAACAUUUUCAUAUUCAGAUGAAACCUUUCCUUAUCACUUCCUCAGGAUAAUGUACAAUAAAAAAUUUUUUUUGAAAAAA